GCGUCGCAAAGCUCACCUCGCGCGACAUCAUCAAAUCGGCACCCACCCAUUGCAUCGCUCCUCGGCACUCCUACACCCACUCACAAAAGCAGUCAAGAUGGCGCCCGCACAGCCCGAGCUGAAGAAGUACCUCGACAAGAGACUGUUUGUGCAGCUCAACGGCAGCCGCAAGGUCAUCGGUGUCCUCCGCGGUUACGAUGUUUUCCUGAACAUUGUGUUGGACGAGGCUGUCGAGGAGAAGGAGGGCGGCGAGAAGGUUCGGAUAGGCAUGGUGGUCAUCCGCGGCAACUCCGUUGUCAUGCUGGAGGCUCUCGAGAGAAUCGGCGGCGACGAUCGCAACCACCAGCGGUAAACGGAGCAUCUUCAUCUGGUGGUUGACUUCCGCGAAAAUGCAGUACAGGUUUUACAAGUUGGCGUUAUGACGGCAAAAGAUGAUUUUUGGUUUCAGUGACAAGGAUGGGGAUGAAAUAUGCUAGAUACCAGCACAACGAUGUCACAUUCAAACGGUCCAGAAGUACGACUGCACAGCCUGCAAUCAUAGGCUGGCACGGAGCGAGGCAUCUUUACUUGUCGAGACUGGCCCAGGCCUUUUCGUCAUACCAGUCCAUCAUGCGACCGCCGUACCUACGAACCCAGCCCUUGAUGCCGCCUUUGAGGAUGACGGCCUGCACGGCAGUUUCGCCAAGCUCGUCGAAAUAGUCCUGUAGCCAAUUCGCCGACCGAGGGCCACGACCAUUGCUGCUUCCUGAGUGGCUUCAGCAGGAGGGUUAAGCCAAAAGUAAAGGGAAGAUCUAGACAGUCACAAGAGAGAGACGGCGGAACUCACCGCAGUAGAAAAUAACACGCUUGAUACCAGCUUGCUUGCACAGCUGAUGAAUGAUUGGUCUUGUCUGAUAGAGGGACUGGGCGGGAAAGUUGAUGGACGUUGAGAUGGUGCCGCCUUCAAAGUCGUCCCGGCGCACAUCAACGAGCAGAAAGUCUCGAGGUGUAUUAUUGCCAGCUGCAGCCUGAGCCUCAAGCAAACCCAUCAGCUCGUCUGCCUCGAUUUCCGGUGACUUGGCCUUGGGAGCGGGAAAGGCCGCCCACCAUGGCGGGGUCUCUGAUGCUGCGGCUUCUGCCAUUGCGUGCUUCUCGUAGGCUACGGGACCCGACUCUGGUGUAACUCCAGGCUCUCGCUCGCUCUCUCUGCCCAAUGCGAUGAGAUGCCAGCCGGUGGUUCCUGACGCUACGUGGUGAUGUGUGACCGGUUUACGGAUAGAGGUUGGGUGUACGGCAGAUGCGAUGGUGCGGGCGUAGAGUUGCGGGCGUAACUUACCCCAGAUUUUGCGAUGAGAUCUCUCUCCCAGGUAGAUGGUCCUGUCCGAUUCAACGGAAAGACGAUGGGGAAUUAACGGGUUUGGGCAGUUGAGAAGAGAGUUGCAGAGCCGCGGAAGC